AUGUCUGAGAGCGCAGGCCAACCAAAGGAAACCGCCAAAGGGAAAUCCCGCAAGACAGACCCGAAUGCUCCGGUGCGGAAACGUCGCAAGAGAACGGUCGUGAGCGGCGCCCCCGACGAUUGCUUCACCUGCUCGAAAAGGGGCGCGCGCUGUGACCGGCGCCGCCCAUACUGCUCACAGUGCCUCGAACUCGGGCGUGAAUGUUCUGGAUACAAGACGACGCUGACAUGGGGAUUGGGAGUGGCGAGUCGAGGCAAGCUUCGGGGACAGAAGCUGCCAGUGAUGGACUCGGCGGCGGAAGGCUCGAAGAAAUCGGUACAGACAAAGCAGCCCGCGCAGACUCCGUUAAAUAAUCAGAAACAGUCUCAAGCCCCAAACCCGGCUCCUCCGGCUGAACUGAAAUUCGAACCUAUGGAUACUGAAAUAUUCAAUUCGAUGGACUCUGACCCGCGACGCCCACCGGCGAUGUCGAAUAUACCCGACUCAUCGGCUGUGGCUUGGACAAUGGACAUGCCGGACCCGCAUACCUGGUCCAACGUACCCGCUAUUCCGCCUCAAAUAUCAGGACUCCCAUUGCCAAAUCGACCGGCAGUUUCUCAUAUGUUGAGUCCUAGCAUGGCAAGUGUAGCAAGCGUGGGAUCAGAUAUGGCACCAUUUUCUGGAUAUAGCCCGGAGACUCAUUUCGCACAUCCAAUAUGGCCCGUUGAAAGAAACUGGACAACCCCGCAAGUGACAACCCCAGGUGAAGAUGCUGAUGAAGAGUAUGAAAGAGCAAACCCUGAAAAUUCAAUACUGUGGAAUGCCGGUCAUUCGCCUUCAUACUCGCAGUUACUUCUGGCACGGUCCAUAGGUCGCACCCCUCGUCUUCGCUAUCUCAUCAGCUAUUUCACCGAAGUCAUCGCGCCAAUGAUCGUGGCUUUUGAUAGUCCAACGAACCCCUUUAAAACCCAUGUGCUGCGCCUGGCCCAGGAUAGUGAAUCUCUGCAAGAGGCUAUUGCUACAUUGUCAACCAGCAACUUGCGGCAGCGGCGGGCACGGAAUCAUCUUUCUACCGAGAGAACACUACCCGCGCGCAUGUCAUCGAUGGCCCACCGUGCUCUCACCGAUGAGGCGUUCCAGGAUCGGUACGGUAUCUCGGUUCCCGAGGGCUACGCUCGCGAAGAAAACCACCAUCGAGCAAUGGCAGUGAAGGCCCUGAAUGCAGACCUGGCGGAUCCCCAACGUAGAUUAUCGGACUCGGUGUUAGCAACUCUGCUGGUUCUCUGCCUGUUUCAUGGAUGCGAUACGGGCGUUGCCGAGUUCCGGUCGCAGUUUGCCGGUGUGACGCGAUUGCUUGCGAUUCGAAUGCGCCACUCUCCUGUCUUGACUGAUGACCUCAAAUGGUUUAUCCGCAUGUUUUCCUGGUUUGAUACACUGACUGCUACCACGAAUGAUCGUGAUGUACAGCUACGUGGAAGAUGUUUGGAUAUUAGCUCUAUAUCUGACGGGGAGUGGGGUCUUGAGAAUCUAGCAGGCUGUGAUGGCCGCUUAUUCAAGCUCAUUUCCCAGCUGGGGCGUUUGAAUCUUCUCAGUCAGGAACAACAACCCACCGAGUCAACUCAACCAGCCGAUGUCUCUGUUCCUACUACCUCCCUUCCCCCGGCUAUGAUGUUCCCCGGUUGGGAGUCUGUCACAGGCACUACUGGAGGGUUUUCUGCUGGCACUGACUACCCAUUCUCUAUGCCCACCCCGCCCCAAAGUAGUGACCAGGCGAGGAAACCAUCUUCUCCUGCCUUUUGGACCGAAUGGUACUCAUUGCGUCAACGACUCGAAUCCUGGCGAUUCGAUCCACCCUCCUCAGUGUCAAUGCCCUCUCCACCUCCGACCGCUUCAACAACAGCGCCCACUUGGAAUACCCCAAAUUUCAUCCCGGACCUUUCUACCUCUGUUCCUGUAGUAACAUAUCAUGUGGCCAAUGAGAAUCUUCAAGAUGUCUACCAGAUUUCCGAAUGCUUCCGUCACGCUGCCCUCCUCUACUGCGAACGCCUUGCAGAACCGAGUCUGCCAUCCCAGCACCCACGCAUCCAGCACCUCGUGCACCUCGCUAUGCAUUGUCUUCGUGCUGUGCAAUCCGAUGUCUAUCUUCUUUGGCCGCUGUUUAUUGUGGGCUCGGAAUGCGUUCAAGAGGAUCACCGUGCAGCCAUCCGUGAUCGUUGCAAGGAUAUCUCAAAGGACUCCGGAUUUGUGAAUAAUCUUUCUUGUCUAGAGUUGCUGGAAAAGAUCUGGUCUGAGCAUUCUGAAGAAUCUUCUUAUCCAAUCUACCCCUCUGAGCUCGGUCCCCCGCCUCCACUGGAUGGAAGCUCGAGCUCUAUUACAUCGCAGGCAUUCCGCUGGUCCCGUGUCAUGCAGGCCAAACGGGGCGGUGGAGAAUACAUGGUGGCAUAA